GUACACACAGCGACACAGCAGUCUCGCCAGUAUGGUCGCUUGUGCAGGUUUACUUCUGUGAGUGACAAGUACCAUCGUUCUCGACUAAAGGGUACACGCUAAAUAAUGAUUUGUCGUAACUGAAGCGAACCAAAAUUGGUGUAAUGAUCAAAGAUAUGGCUGACGAUGAGGCCACACAGGCCACUAACGAUGACGCGAGUGAGUCGAAAAGAUACGCGGUACAACUUGGUUAUUGGUCCGAUCCAUUUAUCAACUUUUUCGUGAAACAAACUGGACGAAAAGCACCCGAAAUCAAUCGUGGUUAUUACGCCAGAGUAAAGGGCAUCGAGGUAUUCGUUGACAAAUUCCUUAAGUUAUCUGGUGAGAAAGGGCAAAUCAUAAAUUUGGGUGCUGGAUUUGAUACACUAUAUUGGAAACUCAAAGAUGCAGGAAGAAGUCCGGUAAAUUUUAUAGAACUUGAUUUUCCCAGUGUCACUGCUAGGAAAUGUUAUCACAUCAAAAAGCACAAACAGUUGAUAGAUAUGAUGAAUACAGAAGAUGGAGAAAUUAGGUUUUCAACAACAGAUUUACACGGUGCUAAUUAUCACUUGGUGGGAAUAGAUCUGCGGCACAUAUCUGAACUUAUUAAUAAAUUAGCUCAAGCAGAAGUUAAUUUCAAUCUGCCAACCAUGUUCCUUGCAGAAUGUGUCUUAGUCUAUGUAGACACUAGUGCAGCUUCUGCAUUGCUGAAAUGGCUCGCAGGAAAAUUUCCAAAUAGUAUUUUUGUUAAUUAUGAGCAAGUGAAUAUGAAGGAUAAAUUUGGACAAGUUAUGUUGUCUAAUUUACGUAGUCGCGGGUGUUUGUUGGCAGGUGUGGAAGACUGUGAAUCUUUGGAAACUCAACAAAGACGAUUUACAAUAAACAAUUGGGAAGGCUCUAAUGCGUGGACAAUGGUAGAGGUUUAUGAUUCACUGCCUCAAACUGAUCGUAGUCGAAUCGAGCAUAUAGAAAUGUUGGAUGAACAAGAACUUUUGACACAGUUAUUGCAACAUUAUUGUAUCUCAGUUGCUUGGAAUGGACAAACAUUUAAAAAUCUGUCUAUAGCACAGGGUUAGCUUUCCUAACUCUUAUAAGUUACUCCAGGUAGUAAUACUGUAUUGUUAAAAAGUAUAAACUUGUAAGUACUUGUGUGGUAACUAAAAAUACAAAAUCGUUGUUUACUAAUGGAAUUAAUAAGUUUAAAACUUAAAUUCUUGUAUGGACUGAACUGAUACAUCUGUUUUUUUUUCCAACUGUGGUAAUGUUAACAUAUUUUUUUUUUUAAACAUACAAUUAUAACUAGCUUUAAACGUAUACAGAAUUUGUGUAAUUACAAAAUUAUAGUAACUUUAUAUGCACUUUUCAUUAUGGGAUGAAUAUAUUCUUUGUAUAUCUACUCAUACUACAUUUUUGAAGUAUCACAAAGAAACAAAUUGUAAGUAAAAUUGUAUAAAAGAAAUAAUUUGAUAUUCAAAUAUUUUAUUUCGUUAUAUUAAUUUGAAAGAAAUAUUAUAAUGUCUGUAAUAUAAAAAUAUUAAAGAAAGUUUUAAAGUUCUUACCUAAAAUCACAGUCAAAAGAACAAAACUAACUUACUGUAUUUUAAAGAUGUAGUUUUUUAAAUAUUUUUUAUUCACACAACGUUUAUCUAAUUUUUAUGAACUCCAUAUACUUCCUGUAACACUAACCUAACAUUCUAUGGUAGUCAUAAGUCUGAUGUAAACAGGUUUCAAAGGUUUACUUUUAAGCAUCUGUAAUUUUAUUAUUUUCUUACAGUAAUUAUUUUUUACUUGGAAACACUUAUCUUUCUAAUAUUUGCUAUGCAUAAUUACAUUUUUAAUAAGUCGUUAUAAAUCAAAUUAGUAUUAUAGAUCAUUGAUUAAACGAUUACAUUUGCAGUUUUCUAUAAACGUGAUUAUGUAAAAUAAUAUGCAACGAAAGUAAUAAGAUUUUACUUAAAUAUGAAAAAUAGAAAACAGUAUACAUUCUGAAAAUCAAUAUCAUUUAUGAACAUUUUAGCUAGUUUCAUUUUAAUUAGUUACAUGUACAGAGAGAGUGUUAAUUAAAAUACCGUCAAUAUUCACACAUUCAAGACAUUGUAACUUGUGCUACUAUUAGAAUAAUAACACACAAUUAUUUCUGUAUAUUAAAAAGAGAAAUGUAUAUACAGGAAAUUGUACUUUCGCCAUUGUCAUCAUAAGUAAGUACAUUAUGCAUAGGUGGAUCAUAAAGUGGUAGUUAAAAAUUCUCAGGAAACACAUUGUCGGCACGUUAACGAGACAACACGAUAUGUGAACUAGUUUCAUCCCUGUGAAAUAUCAAUGGGCUCAUUAAAUUGCCAACAGCUUGAUUGCUGAAUUAAUAAAGAUUUAUUUUCUUAUAAAGGAACAUCAGGGUCAUGGAUAUAUGCAGACUAACAAUAAUAUGAAAAGGACUGUUUAUCAGAUGAUAUCACGAGAUUUAUGUUACAUUAACACAAUAAUUAUUUGGAACUUCUAUUUUUCAUCUUCCAAUGCGUUAAUUCAUAAUAAUAUAUUCAUCGAUAUUCUUGCAAAGGCUUAUUAGACCAUAAAAUGUAACAUUAUAUAGGAAAAACACAUAAGUUAAAAAAUUGUAAAUUCGUAUGGUUUUGAAUAUAGGUUUGCAUACCUGGAGUAACAGACGCUAAAAAAAAGAUAAUCUGAUAUUCUAUUUUUCUGGAAAGUUAUAGAUCACGGUUAUAUCUAUCAGCAACAGUAGAUUCUUUCCAAUUUCGUGUUUUAAACGUUCAGUAAUAAAAUCGUACCUCAUCAUAAUAGUUUUAUACGACUUUACCUUAUUUACUUUAAAUAAUAUCUAUUAUACAUGUUGAAUGUUUCAGACAGCUCGAAGUUUGAGAAUCAAAUUGUUCUUGUUGUUAGUUAUUACAAAUUGGGAAGAAACACUGCCAAUGGAUAAUUCGAAAUCCUUUAAAUGUAACAUAUUGUUGAAUGAUAAUUGCUUUUACAAAAUUUCAGCUUUCAGGUAAAAUAACAGCCGUUAAAUACUAUUUCUUUAAUUUGUAUAUAAUCCAAUAUAAUUAGUAAUAUAUUCUUUAUAAAUGAAAAAUAAGAAAAUGAUACUUUGAAUCUCAAACUUAAGCGAUACCAAUCAUAAUAAUGAAUUACACAAUUCUAUGUUUCUGCAUGUAUUUUAUUCUUCGCUUAAUGUUAUUACUGUCUUAUAUGGAUGCUGUAAAACUUAAAUCAUACAAUGGCUAUACAAAUAUUCUGUGUGCUUCCAUAUUAUAGACAGACGUAAACUGAUCGGAAAUUAUAUCCUUAUUUUGUGUAACAUUGUGAUAUUGUUAACUUGUGCAUUUAUAUAUUGCAAUUAGAAGAAAGUAAUCGAGAGUUAAUACUAAUUGUAACUGAAAAUAUUUAUGAUGGGUCAUUCCAUGCCAACUCUAGAAUGACCAUAAUACUUGUUUUCUUAUAUUUCAUACCAAAAUCUUAAGUGAAAAAAGAAUAGUUUAAUAUUAUCAAAACAUGUUUAACUGUGUGAUAAAGACAGUAUAAGCAAAUAUGGUUCAUCUACUUAGAUUUAAUUUAAUUUAUUAUAUGAAAAUUACAUGAAUAUCAUGUAUGUCACUCUAUUUCCUAAAUACUUAUUUUACUAUUUCGUGAGGAUUAAUAAAAAAUAAACAGCAUCUA